AUGGCACCAGAGCUGACUCAAAUUACUGUCAUCUACUACUGCAGGCUGGUCACCGACAUCCCGACGACGACAGGAGUAUCUUUUGGGACUGAGGUUGUGUGCUACGAGAGCCCUCGGCCGGUGCUCGAGAUCCACCGUCUGGUGUUUCUGCUCUUCCAGCAGCUCGGCCGUCAGACCGUCUACGCUCCGGGCUGGCGGCAGAAUUUCAGCACCCGCGACUUCGCCGAGCUGUACAACCUCGGCUCGCCGGUCGCCGCCGUCUACUUCAACUGCCAAAGGGAGUCGGGAACUGGUGGAAGGAGGAUGUGA